GUGAAGAAUCAUAUGUGGGUAUUCAUAAACAGUCUGAUUGAAAAUCCAACGUUUGACUCGCAAACCAAGGAGAAUAUGACUCUUCAAACGAAGAAUUUUGGUUCAACAUGCAAAUUCAGUGAAAAGUUCAUCAAGGGGGCUGUUGGUUGCGGCAUCGUGGAAAACAUUUUGAACUGGAUUAAAUUUAAAGCCCAGACACAACUAAAUCAGAAAUGUUCCGCUGUUAAGCACACUCGAAUUAAAGGCAUUCCUAAACUAGAUGAUGCCAAUGAUGCUGGGAGCAAGAAUUCAAUCAACUGCACUCUCAUUUUGACAGAAGGAGAUUCAGCUAAGACAUUAGCUGUUUCCGGCCUUGGAGUUGUGGGUAGGGACAAAUUUGGAGUAUUUCCACUGCGAGGAAAACUUCUUAAUGUACGGGAAGCCUCCCACAAGCAGAUAAUGGAGAAUGCUGAAAUUAACAACAUUAUUAAGAUUAUGGGGCUGCAAUACAAGAAGAGCUACGAUGAUGAAGAAUCGCUCAAAAGCCUCCGCUAUGGAAAGAUCAUGAUCAUGACUGAUCAGGAUCAAGAUGGUACCCAUAUCAAAGGUUUAUUGAUUAACUUCAUUCAUCAUUAUUGGCCUUCUCUUCUGAAACAUCGUUUCCUAGAAGAAUUCAUUACUCCCCUUGUAAAGGUUUCUAAAAACAAAGAAGAAAUUCCUUUCUAUAGCAUUCCUGAAUUUCAAGAAUGGAAGAACAGCAACACUAACUCCAAAAACUGGAAAAUCAAAUACUACAAAG